AUGCUUCCACGAACCCAAGCUGCCUUGCAUGCCGACAAGUCAGAAUAUUCCAUCCUCCUCCUGGGCCUCGACAACGCCGGCAAAACCACGCUUCUGACACAAAUCAAAGCCCUAUUCAACACCACCGUCGACCCUACGAAUGGCGCAGUCGGUGAAGCCCCCGCCUCCACCACAGCCGGCAACACGGUCCCCACUGUGGGCCAAAACGUGGCCACGAUCUCCCUUCCCGACAUGUACUUGAAGAUCUGGGACGUGGGCGGACAGAUGAGCCUGCGAAGACUAUGGACGAGUUAUUUCAAGAGCUGUCACGCGGUUGUAUUUGUGGUGGAUAGUACGGAUCUAGGGAAUGGGGAGAUUGAAGAGGCGCCCAAGACGCCCGGGGCGAUGUGGCAUGGGCGAAAGAAGAGUUAUGUCGGGAAAGUUGGGGAUGACGAGGUGCCGGAGACACCGUGGACGCCCAUGACGCCCAUGACGCCGGGCUUCUUCAACUCGGCACCCGCGCAGGGACGCUUGGAUGAGUGUAGAGCUGUGCUGGAAAGCGUUCUGGAAAACGACGACACACAGGGGAUUCCGAUCCUGGUCCUGGCGAAUAAACAGGACAGGGAAGAUUGUCUCGAGGUUGUGCGGAUCAAGGAAGGGUUCGUCAAGAAAGUGUUUGAAGGGGAGAAGGGAGGCAUGGUGAGAGAUAGUCGAGUGCUGCCGGUCAGUGCGCUGAAAGGCACCGGGGUCAAGGAAGCCGUCGAAUGGGUCAAGAGCCGGGUCGUGUGGAACAAAGAGACCCGUCCUCCGGUCAUGAGAUGA